UAUUAGGUCUAUUGUUUUACAAUGUUUAUUAAAUCUAAUGCAAAUAUGCUUCUCAAUAGUUGUAACAAUGGAGCUGGAAAUUGGGAACAAUACUGCUUGGUACAUAGUCAAGUUCCUAGAAGAAAAUUCUGUCGAGGCUGUGCCUGUCAAUUGGUUCAAAGACCUAAAUCAUUGCUAUUGGCCUCCAUAUAAAGAUACUGUAGUAGCUGAAGCAAUACGUCUAAAUGAGGUGCCAUCAAAGUCAUGGAAGCUUUAUAACUGUAAAUUAUUAUCAAAAUCAAAAAUAGUUGACUACCCAACAGCCAUGAAAAAAGCUUGUAGAGCGCAAUAUGAAUCAGAACUUUCCGAAGCUGAAUCUACAAAUAAUUCUAUUAAACGAAUUAAAAAAAGGAAUAAAAAAUAUGAUGAUACAAUGUCUGAUGAGGAAUACAGUACUCCUGAUAAACGAACAAAGUUGAUACCAUCCCCACCAACAUUUGAAGAUUUUAUGAAUAAUAGUACCAAUAAUGAUGAUAUUUUGCUUGUAUCUGAAGAUGUAACAUCAAAUGAUUUUUUAAUGAGCCCAACAGUUGUUAUUCCUGAAGCGUUAGCUAAUAAUUCAAACUGUACAAUUGACACGAUGGAAGAACUUCAAAAGUAUAUCGAUACAAAAUUUGAAGAUCUCCACAAUGAUCAAACUAAACUGCGUACAAUUGUUGAGAAAUGGCAUUCAGACACUUCAAGAUUAUUGAUAACUAUGGGAAUUCACCAAAAAGAACAAUUACGAUAUUUGGAUAAUAUUCAAACAAUAGUCAAUAGUGCCAAUGCAAUUGGUAAUGUUGAUAUUAUUCAUAAGGAAAAAACAAAAGAAGAAGAAAUCAUAUAUAGACAGUUUCCAAUCACUUGUUUGGAAAAUUUUAACGAAUUAGAUGAUGAAUUGAAGCAAAUAAAAUUAUCUAAAGUUGAUGUUUAUGAUGCACUGGUAAAAAAUCUGUCUCUUAUUGGUGGAUCAUCAUUUAGUGAACUUCUAAGACGGAUUCUUAAAACAAUUUUAACCAAUCAAGUCGCUGAGCAAUUCAGUUGGUUUGGACGCCAAAAAAAAUUAAGUUUUGCAACAACAGCCCUGGCUGAUUUAGUAAAAAGCGCUGUCAAAAUUAAAUACAAAGAGGAAACAGACAAACAUAUAGAAUGUGUUGCUGGUACUUGGCUAGCUAAAGCUAAGGAAAGAAUGAAAAAUCCUACAAAUUAAUUACUCACAUAAUAACAAACAUUAUUUUAUGUUAAUGUCACAUGAUUUUUUAUUAAUUUUUAUACAAAGGACCAAUUUUUUUUUAUUACAUUAUAUGUAUUAUUAAUAUGAUAAAUUUUACAUUAUAUUAUAUUCAUUUUUAUUGUUUUUUUAACAAACA